AUAUUGUUUUAUGUUAUAGGAACAUUUUGACAUCAACUUGAAUGAUGAGACAACUAAAAAAUGCAUUGAUGAGCAAAUGAGAAAAGCAUGGAAGGGUCAUAAGUACAAGCUGCACUUAUAUUUCAAAGAAAUUGGAGGAGAAAAUGAUGUUGAGAUGGCCAAGAUCAAACGUCAUCCAGACUUAAAAGAAGAACAUCAAGAAGAUUGGAUGAUUUUGUGUGAUCGUUGGUGUUCUCCUGAAUUUAAGGAAAGAGAAUUAAAGAAUACUACCAAUCGAUCAAAGAGGAAAUGGGAGUCAAAAAAUGGUUCAGUCUCCACACCACGACAUCACAUUCGACGUGGAAUGGUGUUAUCUUCUCCUACCGGUCAAAUUGAGACAUGGCGUCUAAAGCAUUAUGAUGCUGAGAAAGGAUGGACUGGAAUAGAGCUCGGGCCAUUAUAUGAUAAAAUGAUGGAGUUAAGGGGUCAACAUCCUCCAGAAGAACUGUCUGAUAAAGAGAUUAUGGAGCGUGUACUUGGACGUGAUUCGAUAUACUUGCGAGGGAGGGGGCGAUCUCCUAGUGUCACAACUUCUACUUCACAUCGUGAAAAUAUUGUGGGUAAUCAACCAAAUUAUGAAGAGUUACUUGAACGACUUAAUGAUACAACUUCCCGCCUUAAUGCUACUAACGAACAACUUAGUGUUGUUGUGGAUAUACUUCGUCAUAACAAUUUGAUGGCACCACCUCCACCACCUCCAACAGACCAAGCUUCAGAUGCAAAUUUAAGAGAGUCGCCAUCUAUUUCAGUUCUGGAGUCACAAGAUGAUUCUUAGUUUAUUUACAUUAAUUUACUAAGGAAUGAACUUUAUGAAGUUUUUUUUUAUUUUGGUAGGGGUAACCUUAAAAUGAUAACUUUAUGACUUAUUUUAGUAUUGAACAUUAUAAAAAAUUUAGCACUAAA